UUGCCAAACCCACCUCAUUCCCCAGCGAAAACUUCCAAGCCGCCAGUAGCGAUGGCUGCGUCCGCCCCUCUCGCCAGGGUCGCGCUCCUCCUGCUCCUCCUCCAUGCCGCCCACCAUGCUGCCCAUGGAGGAGCCGUGGCCAGGCUUGCUGGCACGGGCGGAGCGAGGAUGGCAUCACCGGAGGGGUAUGCGCCGGUGCAGACCGCGGUGUACCGGCCGGCGGCAUCGGAGGCGUUCGAGCCGUUCCAGCUGUGCAUGGGGUGCCGGUGCUGCCCGGCGGGGAACAACGGCUCGUCAUGCGUGGACACCCAGUGCUGCUACGGCAUCAACUGCAACCUCCCCGGCAAGCCGUUCGGGACCUGCGCCUUCACCCCACGCACCUGCGGCUGCGGCGCCAACAACUGCACGGCUGCACCCGCCCCGCCUGCGAGCUAGAGUAGAUUACAGCAGGAUCCGAUUGAUCUUGAUCAAUCCGUCCGAUCCACUUACGAGUUUGCAUCGCCGGAUCGAUGCAUAAUUACGGCAGAUUAGCUGAUUAUUAUUUGAUUAAUAAUCAAAAUCCCUCGUUCUCAUUUGUAAAUGUUUCAAAGUUGUUUCGGUUGAUCAUCGCUGUUGACAUGUGA